CCACGCUUGGUCACUAGAUGGCGCGCAGUACGCUCUUCGUUCCUUGCUACACCACACAUCAACGCUUGGUCACUAGAUGGCGCGCAGUACGCUCUUCGUUCCUUGCUACACCACACAUCAACGCUUGGUCACUAGAUGGCGCGCAGUACGCUCUUCGUUCCUUGCUACACCACACAUCAACGCUUGGUCACUAGAUGGCGCGCAGUACGCUCUUCGUUCCUUGCUACACCACACAUCAACGCUUGGUCACUAGAUGGCGCGCAGUACGCUCUUCGUUCCUUGCUACACCACACAUCAACGCUUGGUCACUAGAUGGCGCGCAGUACGCUCUUCGUUCCUUGCUACACCACACAUCAAUAGUUUGUCUCGACGUAAACAUAGCUGCUGUGCCGCCCUUCUCGAAUGUAGCCUUUUUACCAAGUUUUCUGCAAAUUUGCCUUUGACUAUGGCUAUGUUGCGGUCAAGAAUGUGAUGGCAUCAAGGGACAGUGGGAACCCAGGUACUGGUGGUGGAGCAUCAGGUGUAACCAUUCAUCAGCAACAGAACCCCCAGGCUUCAAGUAUGACAGCUGCAGUGGCAGCAAGUGGAGGAGGAGGGGUGCCUAUAGGAUCAGUAACUGCUGGUGGCUCCCAAGCAGCAGCAGCAGCAGCAGCAGCAGCGGCGGCGGCGGCGGCAGCAGCAACAGCAGCAGCGACAGCAGCAGCAGGAGGAGGAGGUGGAGGAGGAGGAGGAGGAGGAGAGGCAGCUGGAAGAGUAAGCAAUGUUCAGCGUAUCCAGCAAAAAAAGGCACAAGUGAGAGCUUGGCCACGUGACAAAAAGCUGGAAAAGCUAGCCAUAUAUUCUUCAUGUAGGGCUGAUGAAAGCUGCAAAUGCAAUGGUUGGAAGAAUCCAACACCACCUGCACACCCAGCACGACCUGACACCCCUCAGCCAGCUGCACCUCCAUCUCAACCAUGCCGUAGCUGUACGCACACACUAGGUGACCAUGUGAGCCACCUUGAGUCUGCUGGUGAUGAUGAUUUAGAUCGCUUACUUUCCAUCGUUGUGGAUGUGGAGAACCUCUUCAUUUGUGUUCAUCGGGAGGAGGAUCCAGACACCAAACAGGUGUAUUCUUAUCUAUUCCGCCGUCUUCGAAAAUGUAUACUGCAAGUUAGUCCACCAACUGUAGAGGGACCACUUGGUACACCACCAUUUGAACGUCCCUCAAUUUUCAAGGGUGUCACCAACUUUGUGCUUCACAAAUUUAAUCAUCUCCAACAGAAGGAUUUCCAAAUGAUGAGGGACUUAGCCAAGAUGUUUCUUCAUUGUCUUAAUCACUGGCGUUUAGAAACUCCUUCUGCAAGACGUGCCCAUACCACUCCAGAAGAGAGUUCAGCUUAUAAAGUCAAUUACACUAGAUGGUUGUGCUUCAGCUAUGUCCCACAGUUGUGUGAUUCUCUGCCUCAUCAUGAAACAACAGCAAUAUUUGGUAGAACUUUUCUCCGCGCUGUGUUCCAUACAUUACGCAAGCAGUUGCUAGAUAAAUUUAGAGCUGAGAAAGACAAAAUGCCUGCAGAAAAAAAGCUACUGCUUCUCAAUCAUUUUCCAAGAUUCUUGUCCAUGUUAGAAGAAGAGGUAUACUCGAAUUCCUCUCCAAUCUGGGAUGCUGAUUACCGGCCCCAGUUACCCCCACACCUUCACAACCAAGCUGCUGAAAGAGGUAGCACAGCAGCCCGUGGUGAAUUUGAGAGGUUGUCAGUACAACCAGGUGAAGGCCAGUACACCACUGUUAGCCUCACAUCUGCAGCUACAAGGAGACAACGUAUGGAUGACAGAGGAGAGAAGCGAGAAGGCGAUGAUUUAAUAGAUAAUAACAGCAGUAAGAGAAUAAAAAUAGAAACUGAAGAUUUGGGAGAGGAAACUGUGGCUGAGGUUGUUGCUACAAUAACUGACCCAAGGAAGAUGGUUGGCCCAGAAGUUCUUUUCUCAGAGAAUGCAGCAAGGGAUGAAGCUGCCAAGCUGGAAGAACGAAAGGGCAAUAUUGAAUUCCACGUUAUUGGUAACUCCCUCACUCAGAAGGUAUCCAAACAGACAAUGCUGUGGUUGAUUGGUCUUCAGAAUGUAUUUUCUCAUCAACUUCCUCGUAUGCCCAAAGACUACAUAACAAGAUUGGUGUUUGACCCUAAGCACUGUACAUUGGCCUUGAUUAAGGAGAAUCGGCCUAUUGGAGGUAUAUGCUUCCGGAUGUUUGCUGCCCAGGGAUUUACAGAAAUUGUCUUCUGUGCAGUUACCUCCAAUGAACAAGUGAAGGGUUAUGGCACACACAUGAUGAACCAUUUAAAAGAUUACCAUGUCAAGAACAACGUCUUGCACUUUCUUACAUUUGCGGAUGAAUUUGCCAUAGGGUACUUCAAGAAACAAGGAUUCAGCAAGGAUAUCCAGCUACCGCGCUCUGUAUACCAGGGUUACAUUAAGGAUUAUGAGGGAGCUACACUGAUGGGCUGUGAAUUAAAUCCAAAUAUUGUGUACACUGAAUUUACUGCAGUUAUUAGAAGACAGAAAGAGAUAAUAAAAAAAUUUAUAGAGAGGAAACAGAGCGAAAUACGAAAGGUACAUCCGGGAUUGACCUGCUUCAGAGAUGGGGUGCGUGAAAUACCUAUUGAGAGCAUCCCUGGGAUACGAGAUGCAGGAUGGAAGGAUCCAGUAACUCCCUCUCGUCCAUCUCGAUCCCCCAACCAUGAACAGCAGGAUCCUGAGUACCUACACAGCAUGCUUAAAACACUGCUUUGCAAUGUCAAGAGUCAUGCUGCAGCCUGGCCAUUCCAAGUUCCUGUCGACCCAAAUGAAGUGCCUGAUUAUUAUGACCAUAUAAAAUAUCCCAUGGACUUGAAGACUAUGACUGAACGUCUUAAGGCUAACUACUAUGUGAAUGCCCGACUCUUCAAUGCAGAUAUGUUGCGAAUUUUCAAAAACUGCCGCUUUUACAAUCAUCCCGAAACAGAAUACUAUAAAUGUGCAAAUAAUUUGGAAAAAUAUUAUAUCAACAAGGUGAAAGAACUAGGACUUUUAGAGAGUAAAGAUAAAUAAUGUAUAAGUUAUCUCAAAAGCUUUAGAUGUACUUUACCGUAAGGUGAGGUAACUGGCCCCCGUAUUUAAGAGAUUUUUAAAAGGUUAAACACGAGACGAAUGAAACUUUGAACAUUUUAUUAGUAGCAUGCGUAGGUCUAACAUAUAUUAACAUGUUCUGUUUAAGAGACCAUAAUUCUUUUUGUUUUAGGAAAGUUAUAUAACAAGAAAUGCACUGGCCCAGUUACCCACCUUUUGGGGCAACUGGGCCACCUUUAUUUUCUUGCAGGAUAGUAUUUAGCAAAUACAGUGGUCCCUCAAUUAACGAAUGGUUCAAUUAACAAAAUUUCGGUUAACGAAUUAGCUCCCAUAAGGAUUUUCAGUUCCAUUAACAAACAAAACUUUGAUU